UUUAUUUUUAUUUUUAUUUUUAAUUUUUGACAUUUUGACAUUUUUUAUUUUAUCAUCUUUUUGUUCCUUGGGCAAUUGCGGUUGAUGUCGUUGAAUAGGAAGUUUAGAGGUGUGAUUUCUAAUGUUAUUCCGCUACUAUGUAUGCGCUUUAUAGUGGGCAAGGUAGUAUCCGAUCUACGAUAGUAGUACUAUCUCCGUUUCUCUUGCAUACUGGCUAUCUUGCUUGGACAAUUGACUCGUCUCUUUUCUUCGCUGGUAACCUAUUGGAAUCUUGUUCCCUCAUAGUUGAUGAUUGAUUGUGAACGAGAUUGAAUUCAAUCGGACAUCUUUUUGGUCACUGUUGGUUAAUAUCUUGGUAUUCCAUUGAUACUUAACUACCUACCUUGGAUAAAAAGAUAUAGAUCUACUACACUAAAUAAUCAUUACCUAAGGCAUAUCUUGAUACCAAGUGCGUUGCAAAAGUACGUCGUGGUUACGAGGAUGUGGUAAUAAUUAUGACCCUUCUUGUACACCUGACUUCAUUUAGCGUUGCAGGCGCUGAGGUCAUAAUCGACCUAUCAGUUUGUUUAUGUAUCCUCUUUCACUUGACAGAUACUACCUAUGUAGAUAGAUAUUCUACUAUACUCGAUAUUAGCCGAAGGCCUCUGUCUUCGAAAUUUUCUCGAAAUCAUCCUCUUGCUGAGGCCUGAAAUACAUAUCCAUUAGCGCGCAGGCUGUUGUUGAAGGUUGAAACCUAAUGUCCGAUGGCUGAAAGGUACUAGCUUGUACCGGGUUACACAGCCAAUACAGAUGAUAUAUUACAGGAUCGCAGGUGCAAGAGAAGGACAAUAAGAGAUCAAGAGAUCAGAUGCAACGAAACUUGGGGAGAGGUUACGACCUUGGAACACAGAGAACACGCAUCUUUUAAUGCGAAUGAUUGACGACCAGUCAUCGUAAAGGUCGAGAAUUGACUCCACCGAAGUUGCGCUUCUCAUUGGCACAUCUCCAAUCAUACUUCCGUUAGGAUCUUUCGUGCCCCCUCUCCUCUGGCAGACCUGUAAGUAGAGGUACUGGUAAGAGUAGCACAAUUGGGAGUGACAGUACAGUAUCUUUCCUCGUUCUCCUUUUUUCCCACCAGUGAUUGUUGUUGUUAUUAUUUAUUUUAUUUCUCA